GUAGCUGCGCUUUAAGGCGCCACAGCGCUGCGUUUACGGUUUCCGUGGUAACGGCGCGCGGUAGCUUUAGCUGCUAACAGAAGAGGAUACAAACAAACGCGGCGCCAUGGAGGAUUUCCAGACUGGAGAAGAGACUGCCUUUGUCGUGGAGGAAGUGAGCGCCAUCGUCAAAGAGGCGGUUGAAGGAGCCAUUGGUGGGAACGCGUAUCAGCACAGCAGAGUGAACCAGUGGACCAAUAAUGUGGUGGAGCAGUGUCUCAGUCAGCUCAGCAAACUGGGAAAACCAUUCAAGUACAUCGUUACCUGCAUCAUCAUGCAGAAGAACGGAGCUGGUCUGCAGACGGCCUGCUCAUGUUUCUGGGACAACACCACCGACGGCAGUUGUACAGUGAGGUGGGAGAAUAAAUCCAUGUACUGCAUCGUCAGCGUCUUCGGACUCGCGAUUUGAGCUGCAGGUGCCUGGACUGGACAGCUCUGGUACUACGGAUCAGAAAGUGGUGUCUUAGUGAAAACAUCUUAAAUCUGGUUAAUUCAUCUAAUAUUUCUCAUUAUGAGUCUGCUGUAAGAAUAUAAGAAGAUUAUUGAGCUUAUUUUUAGAUAUUUAUUAUCGUUUUAAGCAGUUUUAUCUAAGGAAAGUGUCUUUAAUCCAUUGGCAGAUUUCUGAUUUAGAGAAAUGAUCAUUUUGCUUAUUUUAAGAAGAAGUGCCUGAAACAACAAGUAGUGAUCUGCUGAUGGAGCGCUUGUGUAAGAGAAAACUGCUUAAAACAAGUAGAAAACGUCUCGAAAUGAGUGGAAUAAUUUUGUAAUCUUCUUACAGUGAGAAAUAUAUUUAUUAACUACAUUUAAGAUGGAAGAUUUUGGCUUGCUGUCAUUUUUUGUGGUGGUACAUCGGAACCAGGAAAGGGCUUUUUUGCUGUAUGACGGUCGUUCCAACAGUUUCUAACUUGGUACAAAUACAUUAUUUUGCAGUUUCA